ACCCACCAGAGUUUUGAGCUUCACAAGCUCUCAAGAAAAGACUUCACUAUCUCUAAUUUUGAAAACUUUCCCUCCCAACACAAUAUUAUCUUAACAAUCGUUUACAGCAAAUCCCACAACUCACUCAGUGAUAUUCCCCGCCCGUCGUCUUUUCCUCUAUAUACUUUGACAUCACCUUCACACUUAGAACCAUGCCCCUCGACACCUCAACCUACUCUCUCGCUCUCCUCCGUCUUGACGGUCGGAGAUGGAACGAACUUCGACGUGUUACAGCACAGAUUUCUACUCAGCCAUCAUCCGAUGGAUCGUCAUAUCUCUCAAUGGGUAAUACCCAAGUCCUCUGCACAGUGACCGGUCCUUGCGAUCCGUCAAAAUUACGAUCCAUUGGCGGUGGGGGUAAUAGUAAUGCUGGGGAAAAGGCAGAGGUGAGAGUGGAGAUAAGUUUUGCUGGCUUCGCGGGCGUAGAUAGGAAGAAAUAUGGUAGGAAUGACAAGUAAGCUUCUUUCAUUUUCUUUUUGUUUGCCGCAUAUUCGGGAACUACAGUAGCAGAGGAACGAAAACUAAUCAGAAACAUCGCAGACGUAUCCAAGAACUUUCAAAUACUCUGUGCACGACUUUUACUCCUCACCUCCUCACUACCUUGACUUCCAAUUCAACAAUUCUACUUUCCCUCCAUAUUUUAUCCCUUGAUGGGUCGCUUCUCUCUGCUCUUAUCAAUGCCUCAACUCUUGCUUUAAUUGAUGCGGGUAUCCCAAUGCCUUCUUAUAUUUGUGCUUGUACAGCCGGCUCUACAUCCUCAUACUCGAGCAAUGACGAAAAAGCAGACCCAUUGUUGGAUUUGAAUUUGGGCGAGGAACAGGAACUACCAUUCCUCACUGUUGCGACGGCGGGAGAAGGCGAUGGCGAUGGAGUUGUGGCAUUGGUCAUGGAGACGAGGGUGCAGGCUGGUAGAUUGGAGGGCAUGCUGGCUGUGGGAGUGGAUGGGUGUAAGCAGGUAAGAGAAAUUUUAGAUGGGGUGAUUAGGAGUAGGGGGAAGAAAAUGUUGGGUGGUGCAAUGGCUUAAUAGGACGAUGUUUACACAUUAUGUGAGGGAAGGACAGCAUCAUCAGAUGAUACCCUGGUGUUUAUAUGGCGUUUCAAUGGAGACUGGUUGAUAGGAAUGGAAAUGUUACAUUCAAGAUCUUGGAAGACAGAUAGAGGCUCGGCGCAUGCAUCAUUUAAUUGCAGAA